AUGAUGGUGAUAGUGUGCACAGGUACGUUAUGGGUGUUCACAAAACUUACCACAAUCAAAAUUCAGCAGUCGUCGCAAAGUGGCCAAAGGGCCGGACGGGUCCACUUCCCGGCACUUCUGGAACGCAUCGCAAUAUCCAUUAUAGUUAUCACAUGGAGUGCCGGCCUUAGCGAGUGCACGGGUAGUAUAUGUAUGGCUUACGGCCUGGAAUCGUGUCAAUGUAGACGAGGGCCCAACGAUCCCAUCACUAAAUCAUGCGAAUUGUGCUGUAGAUUGCCUUCAAAGGACUCGACGUGCAAAUCGUCGUUUGAGUGGAAUUCUGUGCCAUACGAUGUGCCGGAUCUGAACGCUAAGGCCGGCACUCCAUGUGAUAACUAUAAUGGAUAUUGCGAUGCGUUCCAGAAGUGCCGGGAAGUGGACCCGUCCGGCCCUUUGGCCACUUUGCGACGACUGCUGCUGUCCAACGAGAGUAUGGCAUCAUUGAAACGCUGGUUCAACGAACAGUGGUUCUACGUGGCCAUUCUCAUCUUGCUCACAAUUUUGAUUGUGGCAAUAUUAGUGAAAGUGUUUGGGAAGCGAACAAUUGAUUUAUCAAAGAGUGAUUUAGCGGACGUCGAUAUGAUGUUAGAAGCGGCCAAACAGAAGCGGUCCGUCGCUGCCAACGCGUCGACCGCCUCAGCCAUCACUGCCAACACCUCAUCGCCGUCUCUAUCGUCGAUCAACGGCUUAUCUCGAAGUGCUCUUCACGUACAGAAUCACGGAAAUCAAUUCAAAACGAGUCUCGCCUUUCAUCAACAGCACGAGCACAUACACCCGGCCCCACCCAUGCCUCCCCCGCCUCCACCACCAGCGCCCCUCUCACACCAUCACCACCCCAGCCAUCCCAGCCAUCCCAACCAUCCCAACCAUCACACCCCUCAACAUCCCUAUUACUCUGGCGGGACGUCUGGUGUAGGACUUCAUCCCCAAACGCAACACAUAUACGCCGACCACCACUACAUGAGUCGCUCCAACAGUUCCCUCUCACACAUGAAUAGUAUUGAAUAUAACAAUAGCUGUUCACAGAAUGCCUUCACCGGCAACGGUUGGGUUUGA